UGGGCACGCUGCUCGACCUGGACUACCCAGCGGAGUGUUCCUCUCCUGUGGGCAAGAGGGAGCGAGAUGGCUGUAGGCACUCCUGGCUCGUCAGGUAGUGAGUGCAACAGCAGCAUGUCGGCUUACGAGGGCAACCCUCAGCAUCCCUGCAGUCACCACCACUUCUCUUCUUCCUCCGACACUGAGGACUAUCUACUCAGCUUCCAUUAUUUAAGAGAUGCUGGCAUGUUCUGUUCACGAGAGCGGGGAGACCACAUGGCCGACGUGCUGCUCUCCCUCAAGCACGCAGUUGUUCAUCCCCACCAGGGCCUGCAGAGUAUGGCGGGAGGCUGCACAGCGUACGGCGGCGCCCCGUACCAAGACCCCUGCGGGUAUCCCAACCACGGCCCCACCACCGCCGCGCACGUCUUCCCUGCCAUGAGUGUCAACGUCUCCAUGAACAUGACGAUGGGCGUCUCGAACGUCAACAUGCAGGGCUACGCACCCGAGCCUCCCCUGCAACAUCAGUGGAACAGCAGCUGCCAACAAGGGGGCGCAGGAGUAGGCGUGCCGUCCGUGAUGGGGCCAGCGUACCCUGCAGCAGGGGGCCCUCAGGGCCUCAUCAGCCCUCUGCCUGUCGGCUACAGCUCCCCGUGCAACCAGCCGUACGGUGUGACACCGUACUCAUGGGCCAGCGACCCUCACUGCUUCGGUCCCUUCGAGCGAGAUCCUUGUCUGAAGUCCCCCAGCCUGCGCCAACGGCCAUCCACUCCCCCAGGGGGAUACUUCAACCCUAUUCACCCUGGAAGCGUCCCCUCCCCCGGCCUCGGGUGUCUCAGAAGGCGGCCCUGUUCUGGUCCUCCUCAGGUGGACAUGACUAAGUCAUUUAUUGGGGACGCGGGUGGCCUCAAGACGAACUUGUGUCGCAUUUGUGGCAAGACCUACGCCAGACCGUCCACCCUCAAGACGCACCUCCGCACCCACAGCGGCGAGAAGCCUUACAGGUGCGACCAGUGCAACAAGUCGUUCAGUCAGGCGGCCAACCUGACGGCACACGUGCGCACGCACAGCGGCGAGAAGCCCUUCCGCUGCCCCAUCUGCGAACGCCGCUUCUCGCAGAGCUCGUCCGUGACCACGCACAUGCGCACGCACUCCGGCGACCGCCCCUACAGGUGCCGGAUGUGCAAGAAGGCUUUCAGCGACUCCUCGACGCUGACCAAGCACCUUCGUAUCCACUCUGGGGAGAAGCCAUACCAGUGCAAGCUGUGUCUGCUGCGCUUCAGCCAGUCUGGCAACCUCAACCGACACAUGAGAGUUCACACGCAAACUUCUUGAGACCAACUAAUCCAUUUCUAUAGCACGUGAACAGUCAUUCUUCCAAACAAUCUGCUUUUUUAAAACAUUAGAAAAUUGCUUCCGAGACGUGAACCGAGCAUUUAUUUCUUGCAAUAUUGUUUUAUACUUUUCACUUAAAUUAAGUUUAUGCUUUUCACCGAUUACGCGUGAAAUGCACAAAUCUCAUCAUAAAAUUAAGGCUUUACACUUUUCGUGCUCAUUUUUUAAGUUUUGGUUUAACCCUAUGAGUUUUACGGACUAAGCCUUAUACUCGCAGGGAAAAAAUAUUUCAUCGAAACAUUUUUUAUCGAUACAUCUUUUCCAAACAUAACGAUCCUGUAAUUCAGCAUCGAAAUUCAUAACGAUCACAGUUUAAAAUUUACUCUAUUGUGUGAAUAAUUACAGGAAGCAAAUUUUAGGUAGAUUAGGAUAAGCUAACAGUGACAUGACGUAGAGAUUUGUUCUAAUACCAUACUUGCGAUAUAUAUUUAUUAACGGAACCUAGCUAAAACAUUUUUGUUUUGUCUCGUUGUCUUGUGAGCUAAACUCAUAUGAAGACGCUAUUAGAUCUCUUCCAUUUGGCUAUUCGUUGUCCUGAGCCCCGUUUCCUUUGAGUUUAGUUCAACUGUGGCACGAGACUAAGUAAAUUGCGAAUAAUAAUCAAAAGGAGCCGACUCUUGAAGUUGUUGCUGGAUACGAGAUAAUAUAGGCUGAAAACCUACACGAAAUGUUGCAAAUUUCAGCAUCAGUCGAUGAAGCAAAAAAUUUUACACUUAAUAUUCUUUCAGAUGCCGACGCACACUCUAAUGUUACGCUCGCUCAACACGCUAUUUAGAGAAGUACUCCACAAUCAAUGCGCAAAUAUUGAGACCUCUGGGCACAUGCAGCGCCGCACACAUUCGAUCACUGAUCCCGUGGCCAACUGAGUACGAUGACCGACCGUAACUAGGACGCUUUGAUAUAAAUUCAUAGUAAAAUAAUUAUAGCUCUUCAAAUGAACCCCACAUCAGCAUUAUUAAAGGGAAUCAAUUCCUUGCUGCUAGAGUGCGACAUAUUGAGUAUAACUGUCACUCACUGGCAUCACAAUUUAGUUCCUAUGUACAGUUCGUCAUUUCUUUUUCUGCAUCUCUUCAAUUCUUAACGCAUGACCCACCUUACAGUUUAUUCAACAUUCCAGCCAAGGAGUAUCAAUAGCUUAUUUAACAUUUCGCCUUUGAAUGUCAACAGCUUCUCAACAUUCCAGCCAUGGAAUAUGGACAGUUGAUUGAACAUUUCAGCCAUGAUAUAUCAACAGCUUAUUUGACAUCCCAGCCAUGGAAUCAUAACAGCUUAGAUAACACUUCGCCAUUGAAUGUCAACAGCUUCUCAUCAUUCCAGCCGUGAAAUAUCGACAGUUGAUUGAACAUUUCAGCCAUGGAACAUAAACAGCUUAUUUAACAUACGACUUUUCUGUUGAGGACCUUUAUUAAGACAUAACAAAAUGUUACCUGCUACGUUUGGGGUAAACGUUGGCUUCCAUUAUUAUUUCUAGCCACGUUUUAUGUUAUAUUUUUUAUGGCUUCCUAAUUAUUGUUUGUGUAUAGACAUCAAUUACAGUGGGUCUAAUCAGUCACGUCAGCAUGGCUAAGUACCCCAUUGAAGGUUCUAGCACAACAAGCCCUAGCUGAGCUCAGUAGAAUAGGAGAACUCGUAUGAGGACUUCGCCACAGAAAUUAAACUGUAAAUAAUUGUAUUGUAAAUAAGUGUUUAAUGGUUCGUACUUUUGUGUAUAGUCGACGUUUAAAUUUCAUGUUAUGACCAAGUCUACAAUUAAACACAAAAAUGAUGAGCCUCACAAAAUCUCAUUGAGCCUCUUGUAAUUUUAUUUUCUUUGCGUCUGCAGAGAGAAA